CAGCGGCGCAAAGGGGUGAGGCUGGCUGCCCUCGCGGGCGGUUAGUGUGAGCGAGUUAAAGGUUGGGUGUCUCGCACCGCCCGGCCGUUGGGAGGGUGGAGCGACAGCCCCUCCCCCACCAGCCCCGCUGCACCCCUCUUAUCGAGCUCCUUUUGAGACGAAGUGCGCGGGGAGGAAAAAAAAAAAAGACCGGCCAGCAGGUGAACUCUGGUGCAAUGGUGGGAGCUCAGCAGCUAGAAAUGCAGGCAGCGGCAGUGCCAGCGGUGGCCCCAGCAGGCGGAGGCCCCAGUGGCAGCAGUGGCGACCACCAGUACGAGUGCCUGGAAUGUGGCAAGGUAUUCAAAUGGUCAUCACGGCUGAUCCACCACCAGAGGACUCACACGGGCGAACGCCCUUACAAGUGCUCAGAAUGCCCGAAGGCCUUUAAGGGGUCCUCAGCCUUGCUGUACCACCAGCGCGGACAUACCGGGGAGCGACCUUACAAGUGUGACAAGUGCGGCAAGGCAUUCAAACGGUCAUCCUUGCUUCAGAUCCACCAGAGUGUGCAUACCGGCCUACGUGCCUUCAAGUGUGCUCAGUGUGGCCUGGCCUUUAAGUGGUCCUCACAUUACCAGUACCAUUUGCGCCAGCACACUGGCGAACGCCCCUACCCUUGCCCGGCGUGUGACAAGGCCUUCAAGAACUCUUCCAGCCUGCGGCGGCACCGCCAUACACAUACAGGUGAGCGCCCCUAUGUCUGCCUCAUCUGCAGCAAGGCCUUCACGCAGUCCACCAACCUGCGGCAGCAUCAGCGGGUGCAUACUGGUGAGAGGCCCUACCGAUGCCAAGACUGUGGUAAGGCCUUCACCCACUCUUCCAACCUGGCGUUGCACUGCCGAUCAGCACACGCUGCCCGCCCUGCCCACACCUGCGUUAUCUGUGGCAAGGCCUUUGCAUCGGACACCUAUCUGCAGCGGCACUUGGAGUCUCAUGGGGACAUUGAACCUCCAGCACAGCUCUUCUUGGAGGAACCAACCACCACUGUGGAGAUGCUGUUUCGGUGUAGUGUCUGUCACCUCACCUUCCCCUUGCAGGAGCAGCUGCUGAGCCACCAGGAAGCACACUUGGCCCAAGCAGAGCCACUGCCUCUGCCACCGCCACCACCGCCACUACCAGUGCAGGAGGAGGUGGGGGCUGUAGCAUCCCCCACACCCUCCCUAGCUUGCUCUGUGUGCAAUAAGACUUUCAAGAGUGCCGCGGGUUUAGCACGGCACCAACAGAGCCAGCACUCAUCUGAUCGCACCUAUACCUGCAUGGUGUGUGAACGCUCCUUCCCGGCGCUGGCCAGCCUGUUGGGCCAUCAGCGUUCGCAUCCCCCGGCUGAACAACGGUUGGAGGAGGCAGAGGUCACAUGCCCAGCACAGGCAGAUCCAGUGCCCGCGGCCACAGUGACGCCACCCCCACCCCCACCCCCUGAGCGCCCUUAUGUGUGUGGAGAGUGCGGGAAGUCAUUCAAGGGCUCCUCUGGGCUGCGUUACCACCUCCGCGACCACACGGGCGAGCGGCCCUAUGCUUGCGGAGAGUGUGGCAAAGCCUUCAAGCGCUCCUCGCUGCUGCGCAUCCACCAGCGGGUGCACACGGGCUUGCGUGCCUUCACUUGCUCCACCUGCGGGAUGGCAUUCAAAUGGGCUUCCCAUUAUCAGUACCAUUUGCGGCAGCACACCGGCGAACGCCCCUAUGCUUGCCAAGAUUGCGGCAAAGCCUUCAAGAACACCUCGUGCCUCCGGCGGCACCAGCAGUUGCACACCGGUGAGCGGCCCUUUGCCUGCCAGACCUGCGGAAAGUCCUUCACGCAAACAUCCAACCUCCGGCAACAUCAGCGGGUGCACACUGGCGAAAGGCCCUAUUGUUGCCGGGACUGUGGCAAGGCCUUCACCCACUCCUCCAACCUGGCGCUGCACAGACGCACCCAUUCGAGGGAGCGCCCCUUCCAGUGCCCGGUUUGCUCCAAGGCCUUUGUCAUGGCCUCUUACUUGCAGCGCCACUUCCGCACCCACAGCAGUGCUGAGGCACCCAGCCGCCCAGCCGCUGCCUCACCCGCCACCACUCAAGAGGUGCAAAUCAUGCCUAACUUGCAGGCCACUCUGAAUGUGGAGUUAAGCGGCAGCCCAGCCCCUCCUGUUUCAUCAAACACUCAGACUUUCCUGCUUGUGCAAACAUCACAGGGCUUGCAACUUAUCCCCAGCAUACAGCAGCCGCCGCAGCCACCCCCACCCCAAAAUUUACCCCCCAAACUUAUCCUGCUGCCCAGCCCCCAGGUGCCCACUACAUCCACUGCUCCCACCAGCAUUACCUUGUUGCCAGCUGCUCCUACCACCCCAGGCAAAUCUGCCCUGGUCCGUCAAGGUAAGGCCAAGAAACCUGCGCCGUUGGCUCCUCCACCACCAUCGGUGUCUGGCAGCCAGAAUAUCAUUUUGAUGCCCAGUGCCACCGGGACCAGCGUGCAGCCCCUCUCUAAUGUGCAAAUCCAGAGGACGCCAGGGCUACAGACUAGCGGACAGAAUGUUAUUGUUCUCCAGAGCUUGCCAGAACAGCAACUGGGCACGGUGCAGAUCCAAACUUUGCCAGCUGCUCCGCCAACAGGCACCAUUCAGAUUCAAACUCUGCCCCAGCCCCUCCAGAACUUUCCCACUGCCCAGCCAAGUGGCACUUUGCAAAUUCAGACUGUACCUGCUUCACAGCAACCUGGCACAAUCCAGAUCCAGGCCUUCCCGCAUCCUCCACAGACUGGCAUUGUGCAGAUUCAAAGCCUGCCCCUUCCCCAGAAUACGGUCCAGAUCCAAAGUUUGCCCACCUCCCAAUCAGGAGGCACUGUGCAGAUCCAGAACCUGUCUAGUUGUCCACAGACUGGCACAGUGCAGUUUCAAACUCUUCCACCUUCCCAGAAGAUGAACACUGUACAAUUCCAAGCUGUGCCAUCCUCUGAGCAGGUAGGGACCCUGCAGCUCCAAACUCUCCAGCCUUCCCAGCAAGUGGGUCCCAUUCAGAUCCAGACCUUGCCAUCCCUGCAGCAAACCAGCCCUCUGCAGAUCCACAGCCUGUCCCCCUCCAAUCAGCCUUUGGCCAGCGUCGAAAUCCAGAGCCUCUCGCCUUCCCAACAGCUGGAUAGCACCAUUCACAUCCAGGAGCUGGUUUCUUCUCAGGAAGGGCAACAGCUUCAACCUUCAGAGGAGAUGACCAGUGUCCAGCUUCAGACUUUGAGCCCACCACAGGAGAUGAAUGAGGUGGGGACUUCUCUGUCCAGCUCCCAUGAGCUCUCUGAGUUGGACCUCCAACAGGGACCUGGUGUGAAGGAGGAAAGCCAGGACCUAAUUGUGGUGCAGAACUCUCCAGGGGAGGAGAUCCUGGGGCCAGGCGGGGAGGUGGAGAGCCUGGAAGGGGUGCAAGACAUGCACUUUGAAACUUUACAGACCGAUGAGGGAGUUCAGAAUGUGUUGGUGCUGAGAAGUGCAGGAGGAGAGCAGACCCGGUUGUGCGUGCAGGAGGUGGACAACAUCCAGACAGUGCAAGAGCUGCCUGGCCUGCAGCUGCAAGGGCCUGAGGGUAGUGCCGGGACUGGGCAGAACCUCCUGAUCAUCCGUAGUGCCCAGGGAGAACAGACCCUCCAAGUGCUGGAGAGUGUGCCAACACUGCAGGUGAGCAGCCCAGACAGCACCCAACCUACUGGGGACAGCAACAGCGCCUCCCAAAUGGUGCAACUUCUGCCGAGCCCAGUGACUUCGCAAGGCCUGCCCUCCAUUCAGAUUGUGCAAACAGUACCCAACAUGCAGCUUGUCCACACUUUCUGAGGAUAGCUGUCCCCAUCCUUGCGUUGGAGUACCGACUGAGACUCAGUUGUGCUCUCACUAGUGGCUGCUAUAAUUAACUGUGUUGCCGGACAGGAUCCACCUGGGCAACUUCAAGACUCCUGGAGGUGGCUUGGCUUAGGUUCCUCAGGACAGUGUCAUGAAAUGACAGCAGAGAGCUUAGCUCACGCCCAUGCCUGCAGGUCCAAAGCAUACCCUUGAUUCCCUACAUCUUGCUGACAUGGGGAUUGCUGUUGCUGCUCGUGCCCUUGCAGUUACAAUGACUCCACCACCAUGUCCUUCCCCCCAAACACUUCUAUGUCUUGUUUUGCAUGUGAGAAAGGGAUAGCCAGUCCAGUCCUUGAUUCAAUCACUAACCCACCAAUUUCCCCAUCCUGUUUGAAAUACAUUGUUCCAGCAAGAACCAAAAGUAUGUGCAGUCUGAUGGUUGGAAGACUGUGCAGCCAGAACUCCUGGUUUUUCUCUCCACACUGGACAGAAAAUAUGGUUAGCAGAUAUCAACUGGACUGCUGGCUUCUCUACAUUUCCCUGCUGUGUUGCAAUAUUGGAGCUAAGUGCUGUGGAGCAGUGUGAGCUCUUUUUAUGUAUUAGGAAAUGGGGGAAGUUCAAGUUUUUGGGUCUUCCUUUGAUACUGGGUGCUGCAGGAGGCUGCUUUAUGAACUGUCAUAAACAGCAUCUUUUUCCGGUUAAGCCCCUCUUAUCUAUUCUCCAUUCCAGCCCCUCACCAUGUGCAGAACCACAUUUCUUCCCAAGUGUACCCCAGUUCCUGGUGCUAACAGACAAGAGGGUCAUAGACUUUUGGUCUAGAAGAAAAAUAAAAGACUGCUUCAAAGCA